AUGUCUGUCUACAGCUUGGGCGAGGACGCCACUGCCACAUUGCUGGCGCUCCACGAUGCGUCGCUCAUCCACAACGACGUGUACUUCGGCGGCGAGCCGGCCCGAGUGAACCUCACGCUGGCAGAGGAGUUGCUCAAACGCGGAACAUUGAGCGGCACGAUCGGUGUUACGGAGCUUGGAGCUGCACGUAAGGCACGUCUUGCAGACAGCCUCGCUAUCAACUCGAGCGUGACAUUCGGUUCUACCCAGCAAACGCUGUCGUUCCUCGAGGCGUCGAUCUUGGUACUUGGAUUUGGCUCCAAGAACAACGAGACCGUCUCGGUCGACACGGCUCGUUCAUUCCUCGUCGACGAGAAGAUCCCGAACGGAUGGGAGCGCGCCACAAGUGCCAUUAGCGCCGCCGACGCGCGUGCUACUGCCGCUAAGAUCGCUUUUGCCUCCGCUUAG